GGUACUGUGAAUUUACUAUUUCUUUAUUUAUUUAUUUGAAUUUACUUGUUACAAAAUGGUGAAAGCCUGGUAUAUGGACGACGAUAAGAAUGAUCAGCGCGCGGAACAUCACAGGAACCCGCCUCAGUUUGUAUCUCUCGAUGAAUUGUAUAAGAAAACUGGUGUUGAAUACUUUAACCUAAAUGUCGAUACUCAUGAGACUGAUGGAGUCCUAGAUAAGAUAAAGAAGGACCGCGGCUACACCUACGAGGAUAGGAUGGAGGCAUCCAAGGCGACUCUGCCCAACUAUGAAGAGAAACUGGUUGCCUUCUACACUGAGCACUUGCAUACUGAUGAAGAGAUAAGGUUUGUGCUGGACGGCUCCGGCUACUUUGACGUGCGUGACCGUGACGACCAGUGGAUCCGCAUCGAAGUCACCCCGGGGGACAUGCUGGUGCUCCCCAGCGGUAUCUACCACCGCUUCACUCUUGACUUCAAUAACUACAUAAAAGUGAAGAGGUUCUUCAUCGGCGAGCCGGUGUGGGCGGCGCACAACCGCCCCUCCGACAACAUGGACGCGCGCAAGGAAUACGUGGAAAAGCUUACCAAGGGAUUCGUGGCCGCUUGCUAACAAGCCAACAUUCCAA